AUGGUGGAGGAGAGCGCGGGCGGAGGGGCGCGGCGGGGUCCCUGCCGCCCCCCGCCAGCCCCCAGCCCCAAAAGGCUGUGGAGCGUGGAGCGCUCCGGGAAGGGCUGGCGCCUGGAGCGCCCCGUCGGGGUGGAUUGCAGCUCGCCCGAGCCCCGCUGCAUCUGGCUGAGCAGCCUCCGCCGACACGCUGCCACCCCCGACCCCCGCCCGCCCCCGGCCCCCCGCCCCGGCCGCGGGGGCAGAACCGACAAGGGCCGCCGGCCGACGCCGGGCCGGAGAGAUGGAGCAUCCCCGAAUGCCAACGCGCCCCCGGAGGGGGGGUCCUUCCCCUGGGUGGGCCCCAAGACGGUGGUGCUGCGGAAGAGCUCCCAGGGGGGGUUCGGCUUCACCCUCCGCCACUUCAUCGUGUACCCCCCGGAGUCGGCCGUGCACUCGGCCAAGGAGGAGGAGAAUGGGAACCGAGCAGGUCCCCCCCGGAGCCGCCUGGAGCCCAUGGACACCAUCUUCGUGAAGAACGUGCGGGAGGACGGGCCGGCCCACCAGGCCGGGCUGCGCACGGGUGACCGGCUGGUCAAGGUGAACGGGGAGAGCAUCAUCGGGAAAACCUACUCGCAGGUCAUCGCGCUGAUCCAGAACAGUGACGAUGUGCUGGAGCUCUCCAUCAUGCCCAAGGAUGAGGACAUCCUCCAGCUGGCAUAUUCCCAGGAUGCCUACCUGAAGGGCAACGAGCCGUACUCCGGCGGGGCGCAGAGCAUCCCCGAGCCCCCUCCCAUCUGCUACCCACGGAAGACGUACCCCUUCCAGGCACGGGGUGCUGAGCCCCCCCCGGGCCAGCCGCCGGACCCCCGCGCCCACCGCCCCUCUGCCACCGGCCCCUCUGCCACCGGACCCCGGAGCGACGCCGGCGGCAGCCCCGCACACCGCCCCGAGGAUCCGCAGCCCGGGGGUCCCCCCCCGCGCCCCCACGGGCACCCCAGCUCCUUCUCCCGCCCCGGCUGCCCCGGCAGCGCCACAUCCUCCGUGCCCGACCGCUACGGGAUGCCCCCCCCCGCCACCGCCGCCUCCUGCCACGCGGCCCCCAAGCACCUCCCGGAGCACCGGACUCACUGCGGCUUCCAGGAGGCCGUCGGGGGGCUGUCGGGGGCCGGGCGGCCCCCCCGGGACGUGGCCCAGCGCGUGCCCGGGCGCCAGGAGUGCCAGCAGGCUCUGUCGCGCUGGUUCUGCAGCCGGGAGCCGCGGCGCAGCGCCUCGGAGGAGCGCCGGCACGCCCUGCCCCGCUACCGCAGCGUGUCCCAGGACCGCCUGGGGGGCUCGGCGGGCGCGGCCCACCGGGGGUGGCCCCACAGCGCCUCGCACGACACCCUGCUGCAGCCCACCCGCGAGGGCUGGGCCCCCCGCGCCCGCUCCGACCACGCCCUGGGCAGGUACGGGCGCUCCAUGGAGGCGCUGGAGCCCCGAGCGCUGCUCCCGCCGCACCUCGACCGCUCCGCGUGGCCGCCCGAGAGGCUCUGCCGGGCCGCCGGGAGCGCCGGGCAGCCCAUCCCGCACGGCUCCUUCGCACCUCCCUCCUCCUCCUCCUCGUCCUCCUCGCGGGAGCCGCCGCCGGUGCAGAAACACCCGUCGCAGCCCAACCUGCAGAGCGUGGACGACUCGGGGUACAUCGGCUACCGCAGCUACAGCCCCUCCUUCCAGCGCCGCACGGGGCUGCUGCACGCCCUGUCCUUCCGCGACCCGGCCUUCGGGGGGCUGCCCACCUUCAGCAUCGCCCAGCGGGCCGUGGCCCCGCUCACGGACAGCAUGGUCACCCCCCUGCCACCGCUGCCCGCCGGCCCCACGGCGGGCCCCGCCGCGCCCCGGGAGCAGCGGCCGGAGGGCGGCCGAGCGGCCGAGCAGCCCGAGGAGCGCAGGGAGGAGGUGGUUCUGCGGCAGAAGCCGCCCACGGGCCGCAAGAUGCCGGUGCCGCUGCGGCAGAUGAACUUUGUCUUCCCCGAGGGGGUGAAGGAGACGGACAUUUGCGAGCCCUCGGCCCCCGGGGGCAAAGGGGAGAGGCCGGUGGCCGAGCGGCCGGGCCGGCGCAUGGCUCCCUUGGCAGCCCCCGAGGACUCCCUGGCGUCCAUCCCCUUCAUUGACGAACCCACCAGCCCCAGCAUCGACCUGAAGGCCAAGCACGUCCCGGCCUCCUCGGUGGUCUCCAGCGCCAUGAACUCGGCGCCCGCCGUCGCCACCAGCCCCUCGUCACCCACCUUCGCCUUUGCCCUGUCCCGGCACUAUUCCCAGGACUGCAGCAGCAUCAAGGCCGGCCGCCGCUCGUCCUACCUGCUGGCCAUCACCACCGAGCGCUCCAAGUCCUGCGACGACGGUCUGAACGCAUUUCGGGACGAGGCCAAGAUCCUAAGGAGGAUGCCCAGCCGGGUCCCCAGCCUCCGCAUGCUCAGGAGCUUCUUCACCGACGGGUCCCUGGACAGCCUCGGCACAUCCGAGGACGCCCGUUCCAAAAGGCACUCGACCUCCGACCUCUCGGACGUCCCGUUCAGCGCCGUGAGGAAGGAGGGCUGGCUCCACUGCAAGCAGAUCCUCACCAAAAAGGGGAAGAAGGUCGGUGGAGGUCUCCGGCAGUGGAAGCGCGUGUUCGCCGUGCUGCGCACCCACUCGCUGUACCUGUGCAAGGACAGGCGGGAGGCGGUGACCUGCGCCCCGGCCCCAGGUGAGGAGGAGCCGCCGAUCAGCAUCCAAGCGUGCCUGGUGGACAUCUCCUACAGCGAGACCAAGAGGAAGCACGUCUUCCGCCUGACGACCGCUGACUUCUGUGAAUAUCUCUUUCAGGCAGAGGAUCGGGAAGACAUGCUGGCCUGGAUCAAAGUCAUCAGGGAGAACAGCAAGGCUGAGGGCGAGGUGAGAGCCACAUGGGGCUCCCGGCUGCCUCUGGCUCUCCCGGCACUAACCGCCUCGGCUCUCUCCGGCUCUUUGCCUUGUGCUGCUUCCCCAGGCCACGGCCAGCGGUGGCAGGACCUGAACGUCAUCAGCAGCCUGUUGAAAUCCUUCUUCCGGAAGCUUCCCGAGCCCCUGUUCACGGACGAUAAAUACAACGACUUUAUUGAAGCCAACCGGAUAGAAGAUGCCAGCGAGAGGAUGAGGACGCUGCGGAAGCUGAUCCGGGACCUGCCAGGUCACUACUACGAGACGCUCAAGUUCCUGGUGGGUCACCUGAAAACCAUCGCUGACCACUCGGAGAAGAACAAGAUGGAGCCCCGAAACCUGGCGCUGGUGUUCGGCCCCACGCUGGUCCGGACGUCCGAGGACAACAUGACCGACAUGGUGACGCACAUGCCCGACCGCUACAAGAUCGUGGAGACCCUCAUCCAGCACUCAGACUGGUUCUUCAGUGACAAGGAGGACAAGGGUGAGAAGACCCCCGUGGAUGAGAAGGAGGCUCAGUCCGUGCCCAACAUCGAGUACCUGCUCCCCAACAUCGGCAGGACGGCGGCGCCCGGCGAUGCCGCAGGCUCGACCCGCAGCGGCUCCGCCAAACCGAAGGUGAGGGGGGGCACGUGGCCGUCCCGCAAGGCGCCGCCGCACCGGGAGCUCCUCGGCAUCCCCUUCGUCUCGGCCGCCGCCCGCAGGAGGAAGAAGAGGAGAGAGGCCGAGGGCGUCGGCAGCAGCACCGACGACGACGCGGAGCGCAGGGACACGCCGGGCCGGGACCAGGAGCGCCAGGGGACCGCGGCCGCCCCGCCGGGACCCGGCAAAGCCCCCCGCGGGACCGGCACCGAGCCGGCCGCCCCCGGCCCGGCCAGGGGGGAGCGGGAGAGCUCCACGGAUCCCGCGGCGGGAUCCGGCUCCGAGCCGGCGCCGGACGCCCGCUCCAUCGUGUCCGGCUACUCCACGCUGUCCACCAUGGACCGCAGCCUGUGCUCCGAGGUGCAGUCGGUGGCCGGGAGCCGCGGGGAGGAGGCGGACGAUGAGCGGAGCGAGCUCAGCCACAUGGAGACGGACACGGAGAGCCGGGAGGGCGCCCGAGCCCGGCCGGGGCAGGCCGGGGGGGCCGGUGGUGACGAGGACAAGGGUCCCCUGGGCCGCCCCUCCUUCAACUCCCACCGCCUGAUCCAGUGUGACACGCUGGCCCGCAGGAAGCUGGCCCGGCCGCGGCCCACCGGGGAGCCCCCCGAGCCCGCCGGGGAGGAGCAGGGCUGGGCCCCCCCCGGGCGGCCCUCGCUGCGGGAGCACCUCCGGCAGCACCUGCGGGGCUCCACCGACGACAUGGGGGUCCUGGGGGUCCGGCUGCGCCGAGCCCACUCCCCCGAGACCCGCCGCAAGAAGAGCAGCUGGCGCCGGCACACGGUGGUGGUGCCCGGCGGCCUCAAAGACCUCAACUUCAACGAGUGGAAGGAGCCGCGGGGGCUGGAGGGCUCCCCGGGCCCCUGCCACGACAAGGACUCGGGGCUCAGCAGCCUGGAGUCCACCAAAGCCCGGCCCCCGGCCCCCACCCCGGCACAGCCUGGCACCGCCAGAGAGGGGACGGGCACCAAGAGCCCCCCGGGCAGCCCCGGCCCCCCGGCCCCCCUGCGCUUCCCCCAGUGUCUCUGACCCCCCCGGCCCCCCCAGCCAGUGUUUAAUUUAAGGACUCGCCCUUGUUCUCGUAUUUAAUUGUGCUCUGGACGAGCUGCUCUUGUUUAACAGGCGGCCCCGCGUGGGGGUGGGACGAGAAGCCACCUCGUCCCCUGGGCUUUGGGGGGGGUCCCGCGGAGGUCCCAUCCCGUGGUCCCGCUGUGGUCCCAUUGCACGGCCCCCCAGCCCCCCGGGCAGUGCCAGGAGGGGUGUGGGGGCUCACGGGGACUGUCCCCACCGUGGGCAGUGGUGGCCCUGCUGUCUCAGCCAUGGCAGAGUGAAGUGCGGGCACUUCCCUGGGCACUGUGGCCACUCUGCCAGGGACUCCCCUGUGCUGGGGACCCUGGAGGGACCCUGGUAUCAGAGACCCCUGUGCUGGGGACCCCAGGGGACCCUGGUGUCAGAGACCCCUGUGCUGGGGAUUCUGGGGGGACCCUGGUGCCAGAGACCCCUGUGCUGGGGACCCUGGGGGACCCUGGUGUCAGAGA